GACAUUGACUAACAACUGGCCGUGAACUUAACACCAUAUAAUGGAAGACGAUUUCGUGAUUAACGGUCCGCCACCAACUGAACCUUUGCAGGAUAGAACUCUAGGGCAAGUUUUUAUGAAAAUUCUCUUGGAAAAUGAACCUGAUACAAAAGUUAUGGUCGAUUCCAAUACAGGAGAAAUCCUAACUUCCAAACAACUCCUGGAAGAAUCUUUUAAGUUAGCUCAAGCUCUAAUACAGUACGGCUGUAGUUCGAACACGACAAUUUCUAUCGGAAGUGAGAAUAAUUUACAAUUUUUCAUUCCUGUCAUGGGCUCAAUUUUCGCUGGCACGAUAAUGGCACCUUUGAAUUGCAACUAUACAGAAAAGGAACUUGAACACACCCUCAAUAUUACGAUGCCGAAAAUUGUUUUUUGUUCGAAAGCUCUUGCUUGCAAGUAUUUGAAACUUAAAAAUAAGUUGACGUUUAUUGAACAAAUAGUUGUCAUUGAUUCUAAUGAAGAAAUUACUGGAACAAAAAGUAUUAAUAAGUUUGUAAGCGAUAUUUUGAAAGGAAAAACGCUUUCGAAUCACUCGUUACCAUUUGAUGGAGAUCCCAAGGAAAGUAUUGCAUUUAUUUUGUCCUCUUCUGGUACUACAGGACUACCAAAAGGAGUGAUGUUGACUCAUUUUAAUCUUGUUACAAGAAUGCUUCAAUCAAGAUAUCCAGAUUAUCUCUCACACCAUUCGACAGUUUUGGGUUUAAUGCCAUUCUCUCUUUCGUAUGGCCUAUUUUUUGGACUCACUUCAAUUUUCAAUCGGCAUUUAACUGUUAUGAUGAACAAAUUCACAGAAGAUUCAUUCCUAAAAACGAUACAAGAUUACAAAGUUUCCGUAGUUCGACUAGCACCACCUCUAGCAAUUUUUUUAGCAAAAAGUUCUAAAGUCAAUGAUUACAAUUUGUCAUGUAUUGCAGAAGUAUUUUCCGCCGGAGCUCCGCUUAGUGGAAAAACAGAGGAAACUUUGAAAGCAAGACUCAAAAUAGAAGCAGUCCAUCAAGCUUACGGUUGCACUGAAGGUACACUUGCAUUAACAAUAAUGAAUAAAGACCAGUAUAGGCCUGGUUCAUGUGGAAAAGUGAUAACUUAUAUGCAGUGUAAAGUAAGAGAUCCUGAUACUGGAAAAUCGUUAGGACCAAAUACGGUCGGUGAACUUUGUUUCAAAGGUCCCACUAUCAUGAAAGGUUAUUGCAACAAUCCUGAUGCUACCAAGGAAUCUUUCACGGAAGAUGGUUGGCUGAGGACUGGUGAUCUUGGGUAUUAUGACGAUGAGCAGUAUUUCUAUAUUGUUGAUAGGUUGAAGGAAUUGAUUAAAUACAACGGAUAUCAGGUAGCUCCAGCAGAAUUAGAAGCUAUUCUGGUCAAUCAUCCAAAAGUAUUCGAAGCAGCUGUUGUUGGUAUGCCAAACGAAAAAUCUGGAGAGCUGCCUCUAGCGUUUGUUGUUAAAGAAUUUGGACAGCAUGUGACCGAAAAAGAACUUCAAGAUUAUGUUGCAGAGAGAGUUUCGCACCCCAAAAAAUUGAGAGGAGGAGUUAUAUUUGUAAAGGAUAUUCCUAAAACUCAAAGUGGAAAAAUUAUGAGAAAACAAUUGAGGAAUAAAUUGAAGGAAUAUCAAAAAGUGGUGCAAUCGAAGUUGUAGAAACGACGAGUCCAUCUACUAGCCGAAAUUAGAAAAAUUUAAAUAGAUAAAUAAUAUCAUUGUAAGUUUAAAGCUGGCUAAAUUAACUUAGAUUAGACUCUAUAUUUGUUCAAUAGCUUUCUUCUUCUUCUAGCUUUAAUCAGUUAAUUUUUGAAUUGUGCACAAAAAACAUUUUUUUGUGUGUAUUAUUGUGUUAUUAUUGUAAUAAAUACAAUAUUUCUCCAUUAGCCUCUAAUGAAAUUUCUGGAGCCGUUUAUGAUAUUUAUACUGAACAUACUGUUCACACUGACUGACGCGUUUCGAUAACUAAGUUAUCGUCGUCAACGACUGAAGGUGAAUUGAAACCUAUUAAUUUGACCUACCUAUUUCAUUAUAAAUUUUCAAUGAGCUUCCUCCGGAAGAAAAUUGCAGGAAAACUUCUUCGGCGGAACAUUUCACAUCCAUUCCUCAGCUGCUACAUAUUUUUAUUUUGGAAAUAAGAAUGAAAACUGGGGAAAGUUUGUUCUGGUACCUUCAAAUUCUGUUUAUACAAAUGGAUGGGAACGAAUUUUCACCUGAGAUGGUUUGAAAUUGGUUUAUAAAUCCAACAAUACAUUAAAACAACCCCAAAGAUAAAAUGCAAGAUUUGGAAAGGAUUGGUGUAUAUGAAAUUAACUGUACUGUGACGCCAAGUAUAGCGGACAGACUAAGAGAUCAGUUAAUGUCCGGUUUAAAGAGCACAUAGCCCAUUGAAAAUAUGGACGGACCGAAAAAUUGAUAUUGCCGAUCACGAUGUUAGUCAUAAUCUUAAGAUGAAUAUAAAUAGUGUAAAAUUGUUUUGGAGGCACUGAGAUCGUUAAAUGUAAGAAUAGUUUAAAAAGAGGACAAAAGGCUUAUUCCUUCUCAGCUAACCAUAUUCUCUCUCUUCGUAUUUGGGAGUGAAUUUUUUUCCCAGGAAUUUAUUUUUUGCAACAGAAAGUUCAUUGGUCAGAAAAUUUAGUUUGAAAUAGGUAAGUCAAGUAAAUUGGUUUUAGUUUACCUUUAGUCCCUGAAGAUAAUAACUUGGUUAUGGAAACGCGCGCUUCAGACAGUAUAAUUGUGAGUGUGGAAGUAAUAGUAGAGUAAAUAGUGUGUUCCGCAUUCUCCCUCACCCUAAUACUUAAUUUCUUUCUCGUGUCGCCUUUACUUGUAAAAUCUCCUUACAAAUCCUGAUUGCCCGCUUCGUGAGUAUUUGUUUUAUUAUAAUUUUAUGUUAUGUCAAUAUUUUUUUUAUCUAAUAUUAUCAGUGUUUCUCUUCAAUCCCGAUUAUUUCAGCUCUGCUAAUUCCCACUGCAUAAUAUUUUUUUAGAUGAUUAUCACUUUGAGCGUGGACUCUCGUUUAUUGUUCUCCCCCAAAUUUUCGGUGUUUUUCUCUUACUAUCAUUAUUUUGAGUUAUAUAAAUAUAUAUGUUGACUGGGAACUUUGUAGUCUAGUCCUAUUUCUAUACUGUACUUCAUAUUUUGUCUUGAGUUCAAAAUACAAUUUAUUUUAUGCUGAUUUUUUGAGUUUUUGUUUGUGUCUUGUAUAUUGUAUAUAUUGUUAUGACGCAAUAAGAAAAAUAAGCUAAUGUAAUGAGUUGUCCGUUAAUCCUAUCGUCUGUGUGGGUUUUGUAACUUUUUUUGUUGACUGUAUCACUGUCUCAGUAACUACUGUCUAGAAUCUCCUUCUUCGAUCUCAUCUUUCCUUUCCAUAUAACAACUUCCAGUUUUAUAUUGUCAGCCCUUGAUUUGGUUAUAUCUCUAUCAUCGUGAUUUUUUUCUUUAGUACAAUCAUUUGCUCCGUUACAUUCAAUAAACGGUUUUAUAAGUCUGGUUCAAAAAUCCCAUUUCAUUCAGAACCUGACUUGGACCACCGAAAACUUUGAUUUUGAUUUAGUUCAAUUCGGAAUGGCAUCUAGAACAAACUCUCAAAAUUCCAUGAGGAGCUGAACAAAAACAAAUGCAAAAGUUACAGACAAUGAUGUGAGAUGAAAAAUGAGGAUUUGGCUUUUUUAAAUGUUUCACCUCUUAAAACUGUACCAAUAAUGCUCAUAAUUUCAAUUAAGCUAUUGAGAUAAGGGUAAAACCGCUUGGUUUGGUAAAAUAAUAUAAAUCACAUAAUAAAUAAUGAUUUUUAAAGAAAUGGUUCCGUUAUAGUAAUAUUUAAUAAUUGAGAGAAGUACUUUUUAUAUUAAAAUUAUUUUUUUUGAACGAUUUUCUUAACUAUUAUUUUCAUCAAGGAUAAAAUUCAAAAAGAAGAAAAUUUCAAAUAUCUUAUGAACAAUUUAUUUAUUUAUAACAAUUAUUUGAAUGAAGUUAAAAGUGAAAAAAAUAUUGUUUCAUGUAUUUCAUUAUAAAAAAUCUAAAUAUUGAGAACAAUUUCCUGAUGGCUUUACUCAUAUAAAUAGUUUUUUAAUAUAUUCGAUUGUAAAUAAUGAAGUGAAAAAUCUAAAUUUUUUGAAUUAGUUUAACUAGGAUUUUUCUGAACCCUUUUAAUAUCAACUUCAUAAAAUAAAAAAAUUCUAGAUUUCCAGUUUUGAAUUAAUCAGCUUUUUCAAAUGGUGACAAUGAACUAAUAAUCAAAAGCAUAUUAAUAAAAAAAUUGUAAUCGAAAUUUUUCACGGAUUAUUGUUUCAUAAUAUUGCUACUUGGUACUUAAAUUUUUUUAUUUUCUAAAAUUAAUAUUCAAUCAGUUAAAUUAAUUUUUUUAGUGCAUUGGGGCGAUGCACUCGCCAACUUAACCACGCGUUUUCACCUUUACUGUCGCCGCUAAAUUAAAAUUAUAAGCAUUUUCGGUGCAGUUCCAGGAGAAAAGACUUUUUCUAGGAAAUUUUCUGUUCUUCAAGGAUAUUUUUUCAAAAUUUGAUUAUGGAAUAGUUGUUCAAUAUCCAAACCCUUAUUUGUAUUUCACUUUAUAUUUAAUAACUUAUGUACUUUUUUCGUUCAUUCUUUCUUGGCAUUUUGAUAGUUUGUUCUAGAUGCCAUAGUUUAUUCUAGAUGUUCUAUAUCAUUCCGAAUCGAAUCAUUUUCGGUAGGCUCAAUUCCGUAUAUAUUAAGGGUUGAAAACAUGACUCCAUGGUUUGAAGAAAUAUAAUUUAUUAAUUUAUAUUUUCUUAUUAGAUUUAGUCAGCUAAUUACUAUUUAUUUCUUUAUUCACUCUAUUCUAAUUCACGAAAUAAAAAUGUUGAAGUAUA